CAAGCUCAAGUAUAUUAUGUGUAUUAAUAAAUACAAGCUGCUGCUGCCGCUUACAUUAUGAAGUUUCUGUCGCUGUUGUUGCUGCUGCUGCUGCUGGUGCCACUGCUGCUGGCUGCGAGUCGCCGCUCACAACUGUAUCGCGUGCCACUGCAUCGGUUCCCCUCGGUGCGGCAUCGCUUUCAACAGUUUGGCAUACGCAUGGAUCGGCUGCGUCUCAAGUAUAGCGGCAGGGCGCGCGGGUUUGAGGUGCGGAACGUGCCGCUAAGCAACUACCUGGAUGCGCAGUACUUUGGCCCCAUCAGCAUUGGCACGCCCCCGCAGAAAUUUAACGUCAUCUUUGACACGGGCUCAGCGAAUCUGUGGGUGCCAUCGGAGUCGUGCCACCAGAAGCUCGCCUGCCAGAUACACAGUCGCUACAACUCCAGACGCUCGCGCAGCUACAAGUCGGAUGGCAAACAGUUUGAUAUACAGUAUGGGUCCGGCAGUCUGGCUGGCUACCUCUCGCAGGACACGGUGCGCGUGGCGGGACUGGAGAUAGCCAAUCAAACGUUCGCGGAGGCUACGGAUAUGCCGGGUCCCAUCUUUCUGGCGGCCAAGUUCGAUGGCAUCUUUGGCCUGGCCUAUCGCGGCAUCUCCAUACAGAACAUCAAGCCGCCGUUUUAUGCUGUCAUGGAGCAGAACCUGUUGAAGCGUCCCGUCUUCUCGGUGUAUCUGAACCGCGUAGCCAGCAGUCGCCAGGGUGGAUACCUCUUCUUUGGCGGCUCCAGUCCGCGCUACUAUCGCGGCAACUUUACCUAUGUGCCGGUCACGCAUCGAGCCUAUUGGCAGGUUAAGCUGGAGGCGGCGCGCAUUGGCCCACUUCAGCUGUGCCUGAACGGAUGUCAGGUCAUCAUCGAUACGGGCACCUCCUUUCUGGCCGUGCCCUACGAGCAGGCCAUUCUUAUUAACGAGUCGAUUGGCGGGACGCCCGCUGCCUAUGGCCAGUUCUCUGUGCCCUGCGAGCAGGUGCCGCAUCUGCCCACCUUAAGUUUUACACUGGGCGGUCGUCGCUUCGAGUUGAAAGGAGAGGAUUAUGUAUUCCAUGACAUCUUUUCGGAUCGCACCGUGUGCGCCUCGGCAUUUAUAGCCGUGGAUCUGCCCUCGCCUAGUGGCCCGCUUUGGAUACUGGGCGAUGUGUUUCUGGGCAAGUACUAUACUGAGUUUGACAUGGGCAAUCAUCGCAUUGGCUUUGCCGAUGCCGUCAGUUGAGUCGACUGCUCCUUGUCCAUUUUGUUGUUGUUUUUUGUGUUUAUUAAACGGCUGCCAUGACAGCGAAAAGUCUGCAAAGUUGACAAAAAUUUAAGGCAGACGAAAAAAAAAUAAAAAAAUAUAUUCAGCAAA